UGUCCACGGUACAAUGAUCAAAUUCUGUUUAUGUAUUGAGGUAGAUACUGCCAUUUUGCUGGAAUAGUGAUUGGCCUUGCACUUGCUCUCAGCGCCAAGAAUCCUGAUCUGCAAUAUGGAAACUGAGUAUUCCAAGCGAGUUUAUCAGGGAGUCAGAGUCAAGCAUACUGUCAAGGAUCUGCUGGCCGAAAAGAGAUCACGACAAACCAGUGGACCACGUUUUGCUGGGGUGUCUCCUCAGAGCCCACUUGUCCAAAUGGCAGGUUCCCAUGCACUGCCAGGAUAUUAUAGCAUGAGAAGACCAUUCUUUUCUGAUGCUGAAUUAUGCUCUUCAAGUAAGCAGUUCUCAACAGAUAUCUACUCGUCAGCACUGACAGGGAAGUCCUUUUCCUGUGACACUACACCAAUGUCUACUUACUCAUCCUUAAUAGAUAGUUAUUACCCAGAGUCUUUCAGUGACUUCCGCAGUGCUGCUCACUCGGGGGGAGGUAGUUCUAUUUUCUCAUCCACUGCACUGGCCAGUCGACUACCCCCUUUUACUGGAGAUACCUCUCACUAUAUGCUGAGGGACUCCUGGGAGCAAGCUGGGAUGGAGCCUACAGACGGGUUGUGCAUAAACAGUUUGGCUCCUACACCUGCAGAACCAUCCAGCCCCAGCCAGUACCGUUCAUCCUCUAGGAACUCCAGCAUAAGCUCAUCGCAGUUUUACUCUCUACAUCCCCUGGAUGAUGUGCCUUAUCACUCUUCCUUCCAGCUGCCAUCUGGCUUCCCUUGCCCAACAUAUAGUGAACAUGUAGCCAAACUCCCAGCUCUGUCUACGGAGGACACUGACACGGCUCCCUCUGCCUUGAAUGACAUGCUGCCAUGGGUCAAAGAAGAUGCCACUGGAGCCUGGUCACACUGUGAAAUUAGGAGAACUUUCUGAUGCAGAGCAUUUGAAUUGCAAAAAUAGCAAAGCUUGUUAAAUAUAGGAGAAACAAAGGACAUUCCAUUCCAACUUUUAAAACAUCAGGAGUUUAAACUAAUUUUG